AAAAACACACGUGUCCCACCAUAUCAUUCCAAUUUCGCAGGAUUGUAGGAAAAAAAGGAAAACCAGAAAAAUAACCCGCCCAACUUGAAACUGCGCUCAUCUUCUACAACCACCAUUAUUGUCAUCUCCGCUUCUUCCUCCUCGCCAUUAUUGUUCAUUAAUUUCAAAUUAAUGAGGUCUACCUUUCAAUUCCAACUUCAAUUCCAACUUCAAUUCGAUCCCGUCAAUUCCAAUCACUCGCACAAGCUUCAACUCGACCUCGAUCCAGAAUCAAACUCCAAAAUCACCUUAAAUUCGAUCCCACCAUCUUCUCCCUCACUUUAAUUACAAAUUAAUUUCCCCCAACACAUUAACGAUCUCUUAAAUCAUGUCGGUUACGGGUUGUUUGGACAAUCAGCCAUUGACAUUCCACCCACUACCAUCUCUUAAUCCAAUCCUAACUCUAUUUAACACUGUUAGGUUUUCCAUGAGUAAUGAUACGACCAAGAGCUACAUACAGGACCGUAGGUACUAGUAAUCUUACUCCAUUCGAUCCUGAGCCCGAAAGAACAUUUCGUAGACGAAGAACUUUCAUUGCACAGUGUGGGAAUUACUCUGAUUCUGAUCAUAAUAUUGACGAUCUUUUUCCUUUAGAUACAGAUUCAGUUUCAGAGAUAGAGAUGGGUGACGAAAAUCUGAUGCCGCCACCUACCUUACGGCUUACAGACUAUUCUAAGCCAAGUCUGUCCGUGCUACCAAAGGCGAUCAUGCCUUCUAUUGCAGCUGAGACCUUCAAGAUUGAGCCUGCAUUGAUUAACAUGAUCGAGAGACGCCAGUACGGUGGGGAACCAGGUGAAGAUCCGAAUCUUCACAUUCAGUCCUUCAUCCAAUAUUGUUCCACCAUCAAGCAAAAGGGAUUGACUCCGGAGUAGACUAUGGAGAUACUUUUCCCGUUCUCUUUGAGUUGGAAAGCUAAACUGUGGAUUAAUGGGUUGAAUCGGGCGGCUUUGAAAAUCACUAAUUGGGAAUCCUUGGCUCUUGCUUUUUAUGUUAAAUAUUUUCCACCUGAGAAAACGGCUCGUCUGAGGGGUCAUAUAUUAGGUAUCUCACAACAAGCGGAUGAGAGUUUGUUCGAGGUCUGGGAGAGAUUCAAGGAUUUGCAAAGAGAAUGCCCGCACUGGGAGAGAUUCAAGGAUUUGCAAAGAGAAUGCCCGCACUGAGAGAUUCAACAACCAGGGUUUGAAAGAUUGGUUCUUGAUUCAGCAGUUUUAUAAUGGUCUGGGCAAUGAGUCUAGAUGUUUGUUGGAUUCAGCUGCCACUGGGAGGUUCAUGCAACUUGAGGUGCCUAGAGCUAUGGAGGCGAUUUAGGAGAUAGCCAUUCACAAUGCCCAGUAUGGAAAUCCUAGAGGUCUAUCUUGUUAGGUUAUGAUACAUAUGACAAUUCAUAAAUCAUGCGGAAAAAACCAUAAAGCCAGGAAAACAUAUUAUUUACACAUAA